CCGACCCGCCAAACCCGUCGACUCGAAACCCGGGCGAGGCGCCGUGGUGGACUCGACCACUCUUUGCGCGACCCGCAACUCCUCCUCGCUCCAAGGGUCGCCGCGCUCCCACCAACCCAACCCCCACCAUGGCCGAGCUCCUCGCCGCAGCCGCCACCCUCCGCGCCGCCGCUGCCACCCCGUCCGCCCGUCGCGCGACGCGGGCCAACUGCGCCUUCUUCCCGCUUUCCUCGGCCUCGCCAGCUCUCGCGCGCGUCGGGCUCCGCGCCGCGCCUUCUCGGCUCCCGCAGAGGGCGAGGGCGGUGAGGUGCAUGGCGGCGGCGGCGGCGUCCGACCCGGCGCAGCUGAAGGCCGCGCGCGAGGACAUCAGGGAGCUUCUCGGGACGACCCACUGCCACCCCAUCCUGGUCCGCCUAGGAUGGCAUGAUGCUGGUACGUAUGACAAAAAUAUUGAGGAGUGGCCACAACGAGGUGGAGCUAAUGGAAGCUUAAGAUUUGAUGUUGAGUUGAAACAUGGAGCCAAUGCCGGUCUGAUAAAUGCUCUAAAGCUUGUCCAACCGAUUAAGGACAAGUACCCGAGUAUCAGUUAUGCGGAUUUAUUCCAGUUAGCAAGUGCUACAGCAAUUGAGGAAGCUGGUGGCCCAAAGCUUCCAAUGAAAUAUGGGCGGGUUGAUGUUACUGGACCUGAGCAAUGUCCGCCUGAGGGAAAACUUCCUGAUGCUGGCCCCAGUGCACCUGCUGACCACUUGAGGGAGGUAUUCUACAGAAUGGGCCUUGAUGACAAGGAAAUUGUUGUCUUGUCUGGAGCACAUACACUUGGAAGGUCAAGGCCUGAACGAAGUGGCUGGGGGAAACCAGAAACAAAAUAUACCAAAAAUGGCCCUGGUGCACCCGGUGGGCAAUCAUGGACCGCCGAAUGGCUGAAGUUUGAUAACAGUUACUUCAAGGAGAUCAAAGAGAAAAGAGAUCAGGAUCUUCUGGUCUUACCUACAGAUGCUGCAUUAUUUGAGGACCCAACAUUCAAGGUCUAUGCGGAAAAAUAUGCAGAAGACCAAGACACAUUCUUUGAAGACUAUGCUGGAGCUCAUGCUAAACUGAGCAAUCAGGGUGCAAAGUUCGAUCCUCCUCAGGGAUUCUCAUUGGAUGAUUAGUGCCCGUGAAGCAGGCAAAUACUCUCGUAGAAAAGGAUCAUCAGGAGAAAACACACAAUACAUUGUCCUUCUUGCCAUACAAGAUGGAGCAGUUCCCAACUUCUCAUCAUACUACGAGAUGGAGAUUUUCCAAUUUCAGCUAGAUUUCGGAAGCAGGGUUUUUCAAAUAAAAAAAAAAGACACGGCAAAUGAAUUUCAGACCCAUUGUGUGAACGUCCAGAGAGUGCUAUCUGAUUUGAUGUUUAUUUCUCUUUCA